CGUAGGAAUGUCCUGAGCUAUUCCCGGAAACUCCGAACGGUUAGAACUUACGCUGCGACGAGUCAUGAAAGAAUUGAUCGUUAUAGUCGGUUUUUUGGUUGCGGCAAUGCCGAGUCCCGCUGCUUUUCAAAUUGAUUCUUCCAAAAGAAUGAAUCAAACCGUAACCGAAUGUUUAACUGGUUACAAUAUCGAUCCAGCGGUGCUCGAUAUAAAUACAGAAGACGUCCACUUAAUGAUGGACGAACUUAGCGGCGAACAGCGAGGCUGCGUCACCGCGUGCGUUUACAAGGGAUUCGACUGGCUCAAGGACGAUGGAUCCUUGGAUAUCGAUGCCCUAACUAUGGACGAGGAUCCAGAAGAUACCGCUGAAUUCAUCAAGGAUAUUGUCGAUUGCAGGAAUAAAGUCGGUACUGAAGCUUGUAAAUUCUUCCACUGCCUUGAUACUAAAGGUACUUGAUGCUACGUCGCAUGUCACUUAUUCCGUCUAUUUUAGUCUGUGUAGUCGAUGUAGGAAAAUAAAAUAAUGUUAAUACAGAAAA